AUGUCACGUCUUCUGAUUUGGAUAUGUUUGAUCGUUGCAAGUCUGAACUUGUCCUUGGCUACGAGGAAAAGAAACACCUUGCCUCAUCGAGCAGCGGAUGAUCAGAACAACGAAGAAAACGGAUACCUAGCGAUUCCUGAUGGAACCUAUGUCUCAAGUACAUGUUUAAUACAAGCAGCGAGUACUAAAAAUUCUCAAAAGAAAUUCAAAACCGUAUCGUCGCCAAGGAAAAGCAGAGGAAAGCAUAAUUUUCAGCGUGAUGAUAGCCGUGAACAAGAUUCCUCAGAGUCCAGUAGUCAUUCCGCAUCAUCUGACACAAUUCGAUUAGUAUUCACUAUUCCCUACGCCGUCGAAAACGGAUCAAUAGUCAACCGAACACUAGUUAUUACCGAUGCUCAUGAUGAUCAAAUUACUCCAUUAUUCAGUUACGUUUGUGUGAACGGCUCUUCGUUUCUAGUUCAUUACAUAACCGAGAAAGCAUUACCACACUAUGUUUGCUUAAAUCUUCUGUUAAAUUUAACAUCUUCAAGGCAAUUAAAAGAAAUCUAUAUGUGUCAAACAGUGAGCAAGAACGUUUCGUCACACGAUGACCAUGACAGCGACAAAGGCCAUGGUGACAUACCGAGUUUUAUUUUCAUUGUAUCCCAAGGAGUUAUCAUCCUCGUCAUGAUGUUAAUAAUAAGCCUAGUACAUUCUGUUCGACGUCGAAAUCUAGCUAAUUGUGUGGGCCAACAUCUGCGAAACUUACCGCUUGCUCAAGCUAUUCGUAACAGUAUGCUUCGUGACGAGAGUCCGCCGGCCUUGCGCAGCCAUCGCUCUGCAUCAAUCGGACGACAAGUCUUAGCUGCAACUGAUUUAACAGCGACGGGAAAUGAUCGACCUUCAACUGAUUAUGCUUUAAUUAAUAUUAAGGAAUUAACAAAACAGAUGAGUCGCUAG